AUGGAGACUGGCGAAUAUGAAACUAAUACCCUCUUAAUUAAUAAUGUCGCGUCCGUCGCCUUCCGAAUUUAUGAGCCGUCCCUGGACCAGUCCCAGAGCUUCCACUUGGCCGCUCUCGAGGUUGAGGGUGCUCUGCGAAACCAAGGACACAUUGUAGCAUACGACUCCAAUCGACGAGGGAUAUGGGUUUUCCAAAUCAACAGCAAGGAUGAGGCAAACGACACCAUCACUCGACUACCCGAUGCCACCAUCGACACCUGCGGACAUACUUUGGCGAUGGGAGAAGAGGGCAUUUUCGAACCCAUCAACCUUCAGAAGACCCGCCCUGUCGGAAAUGCGACCUUGAAUACACCUACAAGUUCGUCAUCAACAGGUCCUGCCUUGGAAUCCCAGCGCAGUCCCCUUGCAUCGUUUUCGCAAAGUUCUGUGGCGACAGUUCAUGAUGGAGAUGCUCGGGUGGCGACUGCGUCGAUCAAUGACCCCAAGGCGGAGCAGACGGCAGUCAAGACCAUUUACGAGCAUUUUAUUGCUGCAAUACUUUCAGCAGUAUCAUUCGCAUUCUGUACCGAGUCGAUGGCCAUUCCCCUUAAUUACCGGACUGUGUUGAUUCCUCCACUUCCAUCAGGCUACCAGGACCAUGACGGUUAUUCCGCCAAAAAGGAUCCAGUCCUUGGCACGUUCAGGACAUAUCUGACGACGACCGGAUCUCUUGUCAUCAGCUUAUAUCUUUCCCACUGCAAAAGUCUUUCCUCCUUGGAGGAUGUGAUGGCUGCGAAUCUCAUGCCCCCCAACCGAUCCAUUCUUGCCGCCCCGUUUGGGAUCUUCGCGGUUAAACAAGGCCCUCCCAAUGGCGAAAACAACACAGCACCCGACACUGGGCUGGCCCAAACGCCCAACACUCAGGCAUUAAGCUUCAGGGGCCUCCCGGAUUCGCAAGAUUCGCUCUGGAAGCAAAAGUGUCUCAAGGCGCUUGAGCUCUGUGGGCUCGACUCUUCUUCUCUCAAGGCCUUUUCCUGGGUCAACCUAAUGGUAUCAAAACGUACCCUCCAGGAUUCAGAAAAUGAAGUAAAACGACCGCAAGCCACGGUCCCGUGGCCGGGCUCUCUCUGUUUUAGGAAAAAGUCAGUUGAGAUAUCGACCACUUGCAGGGUGGGAGAUACCAUGUUGAGCGGCCAUGAGGAGUGUCAUGAUCCGCUGGGGAGUGCUCGCGGAUGGUUCAACACUACUUCGGAAAGGGAUGAGAAACUUGCAAAGCGCAAGGCCGACAGGAUCGCGGCUGUUCCCAGAGAAAUCAAUGGCACCCAAGCCCAGAAACCUAACGGACAAUCGCCUCUGGCCCUCCAACGCCCAAGUGCGAAUGCGGCAGGCGUGAUGUAUCCGACUCCACCCGACGCCAUCCAACAACAUCUGGGGGUAACGCCCUCUCUCGACGGCACUAUUUCAAGUCCUGGUAAUCCACCUCCAACUGUCGCAGUUGUUGACGUCGACGCCAUGAUGACAACCGCUCACCCCAUCGGUGAUACCUUUAACGACGGGUGGGAUGUCACAAAUGAGCCAAAGCGAGAUCAAAAUGAUAGCAACAUGCUUGGCGAGUCUGACAAUGUCUUUGGCGAUAUGGGCGGGGAUAUGUUUGGUGACCAUAUCACGGAGGAUGACUUCGAUUUCUUUGACCAACAACCCGAUGACGUUGACUUGGACCUCUCGAUGGCAGACCUUGAUGCGGACCCGCCGCCUCCUCCUCCUCCACAAAUAGUUCCUCAGCCUCUCCAGAUUGACCUGGAACCGGAAAAGGUUGCCGAGGAAGAGCCCACACAGAAGCUGAAGGCAGAAGUCGAUGAUGCUGUUUUCGCCAAGCCUGAGUUGAAACAUGCACGAAGUUCACUGAAUGAUGAGCUCAGUCAACGCGGUAGGACUGAGAGGCCAGGUUCUGCCAAGAGAGAGUCAAGUCCUUUCGACCCGGACACGGUCUUCAAGCGAGUCCGAGCAUCGUUGAUGAGUUCAACGGACGAUCAAAACCUGUCAUCGCCGAGUCAUCGGAAGAACAGUAUUUUCCAUAAGGUUGACUUUGACCCAAAGUUACCUAUGAUUAACAAGAAAUAUGAGCAAGGCGGAACUUAUGAUUUUAUGACGGACCGCGACACGACCAAGUUGAAUCGCGAUACAGGAAUUCCUCCGGAAAAUGAAUAUUUGCAACGACAUGGGAAGCUCAACCAGAAACCGAAAGAGCUGCCCCUUCCUGCCGGUUCUUUGAUGAAGAGUUUUGCAGGCAUCGAGCCACCGCCAUCACAUCCAAGUCCAAUACGGCUCGACACUGGUGCCUUGGGUGGUGACAGCGAUAUCGAGUCAGAUGGCGAUGAUUCAAGCUCGGUGUCAGAUGGCCCAAUCUCGCCAAUCAAGUCCAGCGUUAAGCGGGUAAUGCUGGACGAUGAUGCGAUUUCCCAGGCCACCUCCUUGAAAGAUGGUGAUACGUCCGACGAGGCCUCUGACGAGCAACUGGCAAUAGAACUACCGAGGUUGUCCAAGCCAGAGCCCCCCGAGAUCUCACUUUGCCGAUUCUUUUCAGACCCGGAGCCUCUCAGUUUGGAAAUGGGACUUGCAGACGAGGACUUCAUUCAAAUCGCCCAACUCAUCACAGAGCAGGCGGCUACUGGAUUCAUUGAGAUCGGUCUUAAUCAACAGAGCGAGUCGAAGGCGUCCCUCGCAACGAUAAAGAACCAUGAGCUCACGAUUGCUCGAAAUUCGCUCCAAGUUUUGCAAAGCAUUAUCCCUUCGAGCCUGGGAGGAGCAACCCCGAUUCGAUUAAAAGGGUAUUUGGAUGUUCCAGACGUUCCCCUGAUAGGACAACCCACCCGGCUCCAGCCUCGUCCAAUCCCCGGUAGAGAUCCAAACUCCGAGCAACUGCGCCCAAACAACCUUUACCAGAUUCCCGGUCCUCAUCUGGAAGUUCGUCGAUCCGACACGAAGCUGUCUGUACUACCAUCCGCAGUCACAUUCUGGGCAAGCUUGGGAUUAGCGCCUUCGCCUGGUAGCAAACAUAUCAACGCCCUCUGCGUAUUUCCAGGAUGGAAGGGUAUGGCGGACCAUGCCGGAACUUUCCUCUGUCGCCUCAAAAGUGUGUACGAGUCCCUCAAGCUGGGUACCUUCAGUAACAUGCCUCUCUCUGGGGAGUUGGAUGACGGUAUUCUACAAUACGAAGUCGAUCGGAUCUCUACAUCGCCUGAUGCCACCAUCACUGGACACGGGUCUGCACUCGUCGAGAGCAUGGAAGUUCUACGGAGUUCCUUGUCAGAGUGGACCGCCAAGGAGAAGAAUCUUGUCAUCUACUUGGUCUACUCACCUGAUAACCCGGGGUCGAUUAUCGAAUCAUGCUCUGCCUUCCAACGCUGCUUCGACAUGUACAGGAAGGCGCUUGCGUCUCGGCGAGAAUCACCCCAGAACGAGCUUGUUCUACAACUUGUCCCCUUGGACUUCUUGUCAUCAACCACCUCCCUAGUCAUUCCUCCCCCAGGAGAGUUGGUGAAGCUCUGUAUGGAGACAUAUGAUCGCUGUACCCUCUUCCUCAGUCCUGAGUUUGGUGGUCCUACACCGGCCCCAGCCAUCAUGCUUGAGCAACCCUUGCCACGAAUCAUCGAUUUCAAGUUGACAAAUUCGCCCUCUGCAUCUCUCAUGCACGAGAAUUCUUGUAUCCACGUUGCCUAUGCGCAAAGCAUUAAUGAGCGGUGGGUCACUGCCGCCUGGACGGAUAAUCGAGGGCAGCAGCAAGCGACCGCAUCUUAUUGCCUGGGCAGGAAAGGCAAGCCCCUGUCGACUUCGAUGAAUGAAGUCGCACACGAAAUCUGGGAGUCGACUCUUGAUCUGAUAUCGAUAUGGAAGGUGCACUGGCGAAUCAUUAUUACAAAGUCUGGACCUAUGGAAGCGGCAGAGAUGGAGUUCUGGGUCGACUUGGCUCGCACUGAGAGCAAAGCGUCCGUAAACAUGAUCCUGAUGACUGUUGAUACGAACCCUUCACUCCAGCUCGUUCCCCCAGUUGUCAAGAUACCACACACAGCAACGUCGGCCUUCUACUCGACUCCUGUUUCGACGCCACAAGCUAGUAUUCUCUCGCCCGAGCAGAUCAACACUCCAGCAACCCCGAUGCGUGAUGCCAACGUACCAGGAGCCACCCCUGGAGCUGAUAGUGCCGGGGAAGCGGAUUCUGACGCCUUCCUGAUCGACGCCACGGAUCAGACAUGGGGCGCUGUCGUUGGCCAUAGACUCAACAACUCCACCACGUUGUUGGAGAUGCGACCCGCUCUCGUGAGCGGCUAUCUGAUCAAGCGCACCGGCAAUAAGAUCGAGGAUCCACCGGUUGUUAUGGAGGUUAAUAUGGUUCACACCGAGGCCACCCCGCGAGCAUACGAACCACUGCUCCGAGAAAUGCUCAGCUACUUCAGAGGCUUGGGAACCUUGGCGAGGGCACGAGGCAUCGUGGACAGGGAGUCAGAUGUGCGGCCGUGGCACAUCGCUGCAGCUGAAAAGGGCGUACGGGCAUUGUAUCUGUUACUCUGA